AAUCGCCGGGUACGGCCCCCGGGUCGCGGCGGUGCCGGGGCGGCAUCGGGCAGGUGGUGCGUUAGCGGCCGGAGCCCUCGGGCCGUGCCCCGGCUCCCGGUGGGUCUGGCUCCUCGGCGCUUGUGAGCGAAUUGAGGGCCACGUGUCUGUAGACUUUCAAAGUACGUCAUAUCUGAGAUGGGUUUAACAGUCACAGAGGGACUCUGAGACAGGAAACAUACAUGUCUGGAAAAGCUAUAUGGAAAAAGAUAAUUAAGACGGCUUAGAAAGGAGGGGUAAUUGCUCUCAGAAGAGACCUUUGAUUCCUUGACUAAGAGAAUGGGUAAAAAAGUAAAGAAGGAAGCAGAGCCUCCACCCAAGGAUGUGUUUGAUCCUUUAUUGAUUGAAAGCAAAACACCAGCAACAGUUGUGCUAAUGCUUAGUUCUCCUGAAAAUGAAGUUUUGGCCAAAGCAUGUGAUGCCCUAUAUAAAUUUGCAUCAAAAGGUGAUGAAAACAAAGUGACACUUCUUGGUCUUGGAGCACUGGAACAGCUGUAUAAACUCCUCUCACAUGAAGAUCCACUUGUACGCAGAAAUGCUGUCAUGGUAUUUGGCAUCAUGGCUUCUAAUCAUGAUGUCAAGAAAUUAUUGAGGGAGCUGGAUGUCACAAAUUCACUUAUAUCACAUCUAGCGCCAGAAGAAGAUGUAGUUAUCCAUGAGUUUGCUACUCUUUGUCUAGCAUAUAUGGCUGUUGAAUAUACUACUAAAGUAAAAAUAUUUGAGCAAGGUGGGUUAGAGCCACUUAUCAGACUGCUAGGUAGCCUUGAUCCUGAUGUUAAGAAGAAUUCACUUGAGUGUAUCUACCUUUUGGUACAGGAUUUUCAAAACCGUGCUGCAGUUUGUGAACUGAAUAUAAUUCCACCCUUGCUGGGACUACUGGAAUCUGAAUAUCCGGUCAUUCAGUUGUUGGCCCUUCAAACCUUAGAAGUAAUUAGCAAAGAGAGAGAAACCAGGAUAUUACUGGGAGAAAAUAAGGGAUUAGAUUGCCUUCUGAAGAUACUGGAAAACAAUGAACUCAGUGAUCUACAUGUUGAAACUCUUGCUGUGUUGGGAAAUUGCCUCGAAGAUGUGCAUAUUCUGCAACAGAUUCAGCUGACAGGAGGCCUUAAAAAACUACUUUCAUUUUUAGAAGUCUCUACUGUUCCUGAUAUUCAGAAGAAUGCAGCAAAGGCAAUUACCAAGGCAGCUUAUCACUCUGAAAUACGAAAAAUCUUACAUUGGGAAGAGGUUGAGAAAUUUCUCCUAAGCCUUUUGGAUACUAACAAUGAUGAAGUUAAAGUUGCUGCUUCCCAAGCCAUUUCUGCCAUGUGUGAUAAUAUAGACAGUAAAUGUGUCCUUGGAUUCCAGGGGAUUCCCCAGCUAGUACAGUUGCUAAGCAGUGAUAAUGAAGAGGUAAAAGAAGCUGCAGUGACAGCAUUAACUAAUUUGACAACAGCCAGUCCUAGAAAUACAAGAACUUGGUCACACAACCAUUUGUUCCAGCACUGCUUAGGGGCAGCACCCUUCAGCCAUGGAUACAAUGUCAUCUGUAUUGUUGCCGAGGCUGAAGGAAUUGAGCCAUUAAUGAACACCUUGAACGCCCAGAGAGAUGGAGCCAUUUCCAAUGCCAUUGCAGUGCUAACAAAUCUGUCCCUGCAAGAGCCAUCCCGCGUCAAUAUCCAGAGCCAGGGUAUCAUGAGUGCCCUUGUGGGGCCUCUGCGCUCAACCAACAGCCAAGUGCAGAGCAGAGCAGCAUUUGCUGUGGCUGCCUUUGGUUGUGAUGCUGAUGCACGAACUGAGUUAAGAAAUGCAGGCGGGCUGGGACCACUCGUUGAAUUGCUGCAUUCUAAGAAUGAAGAAGUCAGAAGAAAUGCCUGUUGGGCUGUUAUGGUCUGUGGAAGUGAUGAACUAACUGCUGUUGAACUAUGCAGGCUAGGGGCUUUAGACAUCCUAGAAGAAAUUAAUCAGUCAACAAAGCGUAAAAAUAAGUUUAGUGAAGCUGCUCUGGAAAAGCUACUUGAUAACAAUCUUUCCCAAAAGUACAGCCGGAUGGGAUAUUUAUCAUCAAGUAAUAUCAUUACUAAUGGAUUCUAUGAUUGUGGUCAGAUAAAACAUGGAGAGAAAUUUUUGUCUUUGGAAGAACUAAGCAAGCAAGAGCUUACUGACCGUCGGGCAAUAAUCUUCAUUAAUGCUAAACCCCAAGAAAGUGUUAUAGUAGAGAAUGUACAAGAUGAAUCAUCGUCUGCUUCAGGAGCAAGCAGCAAAGAAAAAGCAAGAAAAGGGAAGGGGAAAAAAGAGGAGGAAAAACCAAAAGAAGUUACUGAAGUUGCAGUUACACAUACAGUCCAGGAGGAAAUAAACCCAGAAAAUUCCCAUUGGCUACCACCACCUGACUUCAUUUUAAUGGAUUACAUUAAUGAUGCUUCCAAAACAAUUCUACCACUAACUUCUACUCGGGAACAGGUUGUGGCUCUUGCACAGUUUGUUGCAGACAAGAUGGGUGGCUCUGUUGGAAGAGAGCAACUACAUAACUUCUUCUGGGAACUCGACUUGAGUAAAAUAGAAUUUGAACUGAAAAGCAAUGUUGUGCCUAUCGGGAAAAUCAAAAGAGGGACGUUCUAUCACAGAGCCUUACUUUUCAAGGUGAUAGCAGACAGAAUUGGCAUUGGCUGUAGUUUAGUUCGUGGCAAAUAUAACAGAGCUUGGAAUGAAGUGAAGUUGGUUGAACACUCUCCUAAAGGGCUUCUGCUUCCUCCUCAAGAGUAUAUUGUAGAUCUAAUGUUUGAACCAGGCAGUUUGCUAAAGCAAGGAAGUGCAAAGGCUGAUCAAUACAAACGUAUUUAAUCUUCUUGAUGACUUUCACCAAAAUAAAUAUUUUCAAUAUCUUUGCAGUGCUGUAUUUAUGAAACAUGGGGGGGUUCAUAUCCAGCUAUCAAAAAGAAGUGUAUCUGGUUUGUUGUCUUAAAAGUUUAAUUAAAUGUGGUUUUGGUAUCUAGCUUCAA